AUGUGUGAAACUAGACGAGAUUUUAAAUCAAAGUUAAAAUGGUGUCAAAAUAACGCAGAACAACUAAAAAUGGACAAGAUCGCAUCAAGUCACUCCCUAAAGAAAUUUAAAGAAUUUUGGAAACUUACGAAUAAGCUGAGUCCCAAGUCAAGCCUUCCCGCUAAUAUUCAGGGUCAAAGCCAGCCUGGAGACAUAGCCAAUCUAUUUAAGGAUCAUUUCAAAGUAGAGUCACCACGCGGUCCGUCUUCGCGAGUAAUCGAUAGUGAACGUCUUGGACGAUCGUGUAUAAGGAUAUCUCCCAAAGAAGUCUCUGAAGUAAUAAAUUCUAUGACUAGGGGCAAAUCACCAGGGCAUGAUGGGCUUAGUAUUGAACAUCUGGUACAUGCUGGUGCCCACCUGCCAAGAGUGUUGGCUAUGUUUCUAAGUUUAUGUAUAGCACAUCAGUAUCUUCCGACUGAUCUCAUGAAGACCAUUGUGGUGCCUAUUCUUAAGAACAGAACGGGAGAUACAUCAGACUUAAAUAAUUACAGGCCAAUCUCACUAGCCACCAUAAUAGCUAAAGUGCUGGACAGUCUCCUUGACAGACAAUUGCGAAAGCAUAUUCAUCUGCAUGAUGCACAAUUUGGUUUCAAACCUGGAUUAUCCACAGAGAGCGCAAUUUUAUGUCUUAAGCAGACUGUAAGGUACUACACAGAUAGAAAAACACCGGUGUAUGCCUGUUUUUUAGAUCUAUCAAAAGCUUUCGAUCUAGUCUCUUAUGAUAUCUUAUGGCGAAAGUUACAGAAGGAGACUAAUUUGCCCCAGGAGAUUAUUUCCGUAUUUAAAUAUUGGUAUAGUAACCAAAUAAACUAUGUUCGAUGGGGUAGUAGCUUUUCUGAGAGGUAUGGGCUGGAGUGUGGAGUCAGACAAGGAGGGUUGAGUUCGCCUACGCUUUUCAACCUAUACAUAAACCAGUUGAUUGUGGAGCUCAGCAGCACUAAAGUCGGUUGUUCUAUAGACGGAAUUUGUAUAAAUAAUAUAAGCUAUGCAGAUGACAUGGUGCUGCUGAGUCCCACGAUAGGUGCACUCAGAAGGCUGCUAGGAAUCUGUGAAUCCUAUGCAAAGACGCAUGGGCUCAAAUAUAAUGUAACAAAGAGCGAGCUUAUGGUUUUUAAUUCAGGCACUAAAAGGCAGCUCACCAUGCCUACUGUUAAACUUUGUGAUAGUCCUUUAAAGAGAGUCGUCAAAUUUAAGUACCUAGGCCACUGGGUAACAGAGGACUUAAAUGAUGACUUAGAUAUAGAAAGGGAACGCAGGGCGUUGGCUGUUCGCUGUAAUAUGCUGGCCCGCAGGUUUGCACGAUGUACUAAAGAAGUAAAAGUAACGCUUUUUAAAGCGUAUUGUCAGUGCUUUUACACAUGCAACUUGUGGGUUAGAUAUACGCAGCGGGCAUACAACGUCCUGCGUGUCCAAUAUAAUAAUGCAUUCAGGGUGCUGUUGGGAUUGCCGCGUUAUUGUAGUGCCUCUGCUAUGUUCGCUGAGGCACACACGGAUGGCUUUCAUGCCAUUAUUCGUAAAAGGUCUGCUUCGUUACUGAGUCGUCUGCGUAACUCAACCAACAGCAUUCUAAACACACUUGCUGAUAGGUGGGACUCGGCCAUUAUGAGGCAUUGGUUGAGUCUACAUGUAAAACUAAAUAAGUGA